GGGCGGGGAGGUUUGAACUGCUUCUUUUGUUUUCUCUCAUUGGGCGCCGCUGUACGUGGUGCUGUUCUGUCCAGACUGGGCCAGCCUCUCAGCCGAAACAUUCUUCCUGUGGCCCUGUUUCUCUGCGGUUGUGAUUUUGUUCCAUCAUCGGGAAACGUAACUGUUGGUAAUUUGUCAAAUUCAGAAAAUAACCCUGGAGAAGCAGUCGUGGAAAGGCGCGGACGCCACGGUUUCCAGCACUUUGCGGGACUAAAACUCAGAGGCCAUUGAUUGGCCUCCUCCGCAACUUCGUAGCGCAACUGCUGCGUGAGCGAAAGACCUUUAGUUGUUUGGAUGAGCCCUUUCUGUAACCAGGUACCGUGUUUUGAAAAUCUUUACCUUGGGAGGACAUAAUUGUACCCUUCUGUAAUGGCAGCUGAAGUGCGCAUGGUACUUUAUGCAGAUGAUUCAGUGCAAGUACAGUAUGUUGACGGUUCCAAACUGCAGCUCUCUCCCUGUGGCUCUGAAUUUUUAUUUGAAAAGUCGCCUCCUCUUUCAGCACAUCCUUUAAAACAACCAGAAAGAAUUCGUCAAAGGACACAUUUCGUUAUCAGCAAUUACCGAAAGCAACUUCAGCAUGCACUAGAUUUUCGAAACUCUUCAGCUACUUGCCCAUUUUUAUCUGAAAGCAUCAUACCUUCUGAAAGAAAAAAGCGUAUCUUCGUUGAUACCUCAGAAGUGAGAUGGCCCAGCCAUGAAGCAGAUGACAGUAUGAUAAGUAUGGAGCAUGGCACCGUGAAGAUAACAUCUGUAGAUGGUCACGCAUACCUUUGCCUGCCCAAAUCUCAGCAUGAGUUUACAGUACAUUUUUUGUGUAAAAUUAGCCAGAAGCCAAGAGUAUUGUCAGAAAUAAACAAACAAGCUCCAAAAGAUAAACCAGUUGAAAAAGCCAGCAAAAUCUCUGGAAGUUUAUCAGGCCAAAGACUAAAGAAUAAAGAAAAUGAACUUUUUUGCCAGAUCUUGAAAUCCAAAGAACCUUUAGAGAAGACGAGUUGUGCAAAUGAAACUGAGGGGAGAGCAGAGCCCCCUUUGUCUGGUACAAAUCACACCUGUGUGUACACGUGGGUAAAGCAGUGCUGGUCUGUGGCCUGCUGUCCAGAGGAGUGGAAAUACCCUUUGUCUUUAGCACUUCGUUUGCAUAGUAAAGUUAAUGGUGUGCCUAAAAUUGAUCCAGAUAUCACCACAAGUAGAGUUUUAACUUCUCAUGUUUCAGAGGAAAGAAGAAAAGAGGUUUCUGUCCUUCCAAAGGCCCUGUUACUUAGCUGUCCUUACCCACACCUGCACAGGUGGAAGUUUUGUGAUACUCUUUUACAGACACCAUCUGAUGAAGAAGAAUAUUCUUAUCCUGAACUAGUGAAAGUGGUUUGGUAUAAGGGUGUUACAUAUAGGCUUACCCAUAAAAAUGUGAACUCAAUAGAGAUUUAUCCUGGAGACGGAUCUGUUUUAAAAUCAGAAGGAGCUUAUUUGGGGAACUAUUUUACAUAUUAUUCCUAUCGAGAAGGAACAGAAGAGAGAGAAGAGAAAACUUAUUCAGUGAAUAACCUUCCUCCAGAUAGACCAGGAGGUCUGUUCUCUGUAUGUUCUCUGAUUAAGCAGGCAACCAGAAUUCUUCAACAUUGUGCCAAGAUGAAGCUUUCUCUAAGCCAUAACUAUCGUAUAUGCUGCUGGAAAAUGCUACCUGGGAUAAAGGACAGCAAUAUACUGCCUUUACUUUUGAAAGAGUCACUCAUAUCCAAUGUGGGAAGAUUUCUUGCCUACUCUGAUAACAAAAUACAUGCUAUCUUUUUAGAUGGCACCACUUUAACUUUGAACUGGAAUUUCAGCUCUUCUGUUGAAAAAAGACAGGUAAAUCAAGGUCUCAGCCUAGGUUGGUGUAGGUUAACCUUUCCUGAUGGACAAGAUCAUUUAAUUCAAAUUGAACAUCCUGGACCAUAUGAAAGAUAUGUGACAGUAGUAACAUCAUGGUGCAGAGGACUCACUCAGACAAAUCCAAGAGAGAUGAUCACACAUCCUUCAUCUUCUGUUCUUGAAGAAAAUUGGUCUGUUGCUUCUGAACUUGAAAAGAUACAGAAGUUUAAUUUACUACUGGAGAAUAGUGGUGUCCUAAACUACACUUCAAGCAAGAAAAAUGAAUCAUCUUCUGAUUCUUCAGAAAAGCUGUUAGAAGUUAAUGAAAAGAGAGUAUCAGUGGCAUUGAAAAAAACUUCUGAAAUCCUUCAGGAUAUUGACUGCCUUCUAUCAAACUCCAAAAAAUGAAAGACGGGAUAAUUACAAUAUGUUAUUAAAUUUAAGAGGUGUGUUUCAAGUUAAUGUUGUAAAAUUACAAGUCAAGAAAUUGCAUAUAUUCUAUAUAGUGGUUAAGAAUUGACAUUUAAUCAUAAUUGUAUUUUACCUAAUAUAAACUCAUAAACUAUAUAUUAAUAAAGAACUAUUAUGAAAUUGUAA